GCGGCGAGGAGCGGCGUCAGCAGUCCCCUCGAAACACCUGUGAGCGGCGGUGUGUGGAGAUCGUGAACUAACUUCCGUCUCAGAUGACAGGGACACGGAAUAGGAAAGUUCAUUUUUUUUCCACAGUCUGCUGAGCUGUGAAAACAGGGAGGCAGACGGACGGUGCGCUUUGAGGCUGUAAGGUUUGGCUUUGGCAAACGAGAGAAGGUGGGAUGAUGGAGGGAUCAGGACCCCCUCAGAAGAGGCUUAGACUGGGGUCAGGUGGGGACGGUGCAGAUACCGAGUGUCACAGGUGGAACACACCGGAGGGGUGCCCGUAUGGUGACCGCUGCAGCACCUCUGGUUGCCCUUAUGGUGACAGCUGCCAUUUUUCACAUUAUGUCCCUGGAGGCCUCAGUUCAGCAGCCCUUGGGGGGCCAGGUCAAAAUGGGAAAGGCGUUGUCCUAACGGACGGAGGAGUGAAUCUUGGCGGGUAUAAAUCAAGACUGUGUAACAGAUAUCGCGAGCCUGGAGGUUGCCGGUUUGGCGACAGGUGUCACUUUGCACAUGGCGAACACGAGUUGCGGCCAGAAAAUGACAUUCAGGGUGGUGAAUUCCCGGGAGGAACUGGGCAAAUGGGUCGUGGUGGAGCUGGGUCCAUGGGAGGGGGGCAGUUUGGAGGCAUGGGGGGUGGCGGCGGGAGGGAGAAUGGUGGAAGAGGGGGAAUCUUUCCUCCGGGCACCGGGCCCGAGAUGAGUGCAGCUAUGUCGGCUGCGGCAUCGUUCGGUCAAUCGACGACAACGAAGAUCAGCAUUGAUGCACACCUGGUUGGGGCGAUCAUUGGGAAGGCCGGGGCCAACGUGAAACAAAUAUGCAAGCUGACUGGGGCCAAGCUAUCUAUACGUGACCAUGAAAGCGACGCCAACCUUCGGAAUGUGGAAAUGGAGGGGUCGCUGGAGCAGAUUGACAAGGCAUCAAACAUGGUGCGGCAGUUCUUGAUGCAGAGGGACUUGACAUCGCCUCCGAGGCCCUCAGGGCUUGGGCCACAUAACUACAAGACGAGGAUGUGUGAAAACUUUGCAGGUGGAACAUGUACUUUUGGCGAUCGGUGUCACUUUGCUCACGGUGCCCACGAGCUGAAGGAUCCACCACCGGAGGCGCGAGGUGGCGGGGGAAUUGGUGCUGGAGGAGGUAUGGUGGGCGGGGCUGUGUCGAAACCGAUGGGCACAGUCAUGUAGGUGUAGUGUCGAAACCGAUGGGCACAGUCAUGUAGGUGUAGUCUUGCUGCUGGACGACGUGGGCGAAUGAAAUGGUGGCAGGCGAGGGUAGGGCGGGAGGCUGCGGGGCGAACAAGUCGUACGCGAGAUAGCAUGGUGAUACGGUAGUCAGAAAAGCGUAAAUCAUAUUUAGGAUAGUGCCGAUGUAUUGAUCUGUUCCCCUUUGAGGGGACGGUCAAGUGUCGGGCUUCUCAUCAGGUUUUGCCUGGUCAGACUCUGCCUUGCUUCUUUCCAUUGCGAUUUACGGGUUCUUGUCCUUCUCCUUUUCGACUCCUGGCUUGCGGCAGAUGCCGCAUUUGGAUGUGGUGAAAGUGAGGUGGUGUUGCUGUAGGAGGUAAGCCUUCAUGUGCCUUUGGCAGCCAAUGAUAGGGCUACACUACUGACAGGAGUGCACUUUGCGGGUGGCCAGAUUACUUCCAGUCACUGGGCGGAAGGUAUCGGCUUCCUGCAGUAGAGGGUUGAUGUUUUUCCUCAAUUUUUGUCUAACUGCAUCUCCUGCCCGUUACCGCACGGGUGACGAUGCCGGAAGAUCAGAGAUCCUGUGAUGGAUAAGCGAAGUCGUGAUGCAAGAUAAUUGCCAGACAAUUUUGGCGGAGGUGGUCUACCUAUGGGUAUGACGCUG